ACCAAGCAACAACCACCUCUCGCCCUCAUCUACUGCGCAUUCACACUGUCGUACGCCAUCCGUAUUCCUCGGUUUUCCACCCUCUCAUCCCUCUUUCCCAUGCCCCUUCUUCACAAAUCCCACUUCAUGUCUGUUGGUGACCCUAUCACCCGGCGGGCUGUGGUCAAAAGUAUGGGAGAGGAGGGGCCGUGGGGCUGCUGCGAUGGACUUGGACCGUUUGCGCCGGGCCGUUCACACCACCACGCCUCUUCUUGGAAAGCCAACCACCCACUCACCCACUCUCUCUCCCACCACCUCCAAGACGUGCCCCGCCUUAGGCCAUGCUCCCUCAUCUGCAUCAGCAGCACAAUCAGCUUUGGUCCCGGGCGGACGAUACCAUUGCCGGCCCCAUUGGAUGGAUCCCUGACGAUUCAAGAUACCCCAACCCUCACUUCCCUGGACCCCAGUCAUGACCCUGCUGCAAGACGACCUAGCUUCGAGGAGAUGGCGCUUAUCCAUUGGCUGGAGCCCUUUUUGGUCGGCAACCUCGUCUCUCAUUCGUUUUCUAAGCAGCGGGAUCCCCGCGACGAUCUUCUGAGCCCUGGUUCGCGCUAA